CCUUCCAGUCCCACGAAGGGAGUGGGCCCGGCCAGGGCAGAGUCUUCGAGACACGAUGUUCACAUCUAAGUCCAAUUCCGUGUCGCCAUCGCCGUCCCUGGAGCAGGCCGACGCGGACGCACUGGACAUCAGCACCAAAGUGCAGCUCUACGGGGUUCUGUGGAAGCGGCCGUUUGGGAGAUCGUCCGCCAAGUGGUCCCGGCGGUUUUUCAUCAUCAAAGAAAGCUUUCUGCUCUACUACUCUGAGAGUGAGAGAAAGAGCUUUGAAACCAAUAAAUACUUCAAUAUUCAUCCUAAGGGUGUCAUCCCACUGGGUGGCUGCCUGGUGGAGGCCAGAGAAGAGCCCAGUAUGCCCUAUGCCAUGAAGAUCUCACACCAGGACUUCCAUGGGAAUGUCCUAUUGGCUGCUGAGUCUGAGUUUGAGCAGACACAAUGGCUGGAGAUGUUGCAGGAGUCUGGGAAGGUGACCUGGAAAAAUGCCCAGCUAGGGGAAGCCAUGAUCAAAAGCCUGGAGGCACAGGGGCUGCAGCUGGCUAAGGAAAAGCAGGAGUAUUUAGACAAGCUGAUGGAGGAGACAGAAGAACUGUGCCUUCAGAGGGAGCAGAGAGAGGAGCUUGAGCGCCUCAACCAAGUGCUGGAGGCAGAGAAACAGCAGUUUGAGGAGGUGGUUCAAGAGCUGAGAGUGGAGCAAGAGCAGAUCAAGAGGGAGCUAGAACUCACUGCCAGAUGCCUCAAGGGUGUGGAACAAGAGAAGAAGGAGCUGAGGCAUCUCACAGAAUCCUUACAGCAUACAUUGGAGGAACUCUCCAUAGAGAAGAAGAAAACCCUAGAGAUGCUGGAAGAAGAUAAGAACCAGCCACAGCCCUUGACCAGUCAGAGUGAGCAGCCACCGGCCAGUGAUGGUCUCCAUAGCAACCUCAGGCAGAUCGAAGAGCGGAUGCAGGAGCUUUUGGCAGAGAAGCUUCUCGCAGAGAAGCGGAUGAAGGAGAAUGAGGAGCGCUCACGGGCCCUGGAAGAGGAGCGAGAGUUCUACUCAAGCCAGUCCCAAGCCCUGCAGAACUCGCUGCAGGAGCUCACUGCAGAGAAGCAGCAGGCUGAGCGGGAACUCAAGGCCGAAGUGAAAGUACGCAUGGACCUUGAGAGACGACUUCGGGAGGCGGAAGCAGCCUUGCGGAGCCUGGAACAAGGUCUCAAUUCCAAGGUUCGGAACAAGGAGAAGGAAGAGAGGAUGCGGGCCGAUGUGAGCCACCUGAAAAGGUUCUUCGAGGAGUGCAUCCGGAAUGCAGAGCUGGAGGCCAAGAUGCCAGUCAUCAUGAAGAACUCCGUGUACAUCCAUAAGGCGGCCACUCGCCGCAUCAAGAGCUGCCGUUUCCACCGCCGCCGGUCCAGCACUUCCUGGAAUGACAUGAAGCCAUCCCAGUCCUUCAUGACCUCUCAGCUAGAAGCCAACAACAUAGAGGAGCUGAAGGAGGUGGCCAAGCGGCUAAGCAGAGACCAGCGCUUCCGGGAAUCCAUUUAUCACAUCAUGGCCACCCAGCCUGGGGCCUCUGCACUUCCCCGGGGAGGAAAGUAAUGGGAACUCCUCCCCUACCUCCUAUGUUCCUUGGUGGGGCAGCAGGGAGGUCUGACUCCCCUUCGUCCUCUCUACUAGAACACUGCUGGGGGAGGGACGCCCUCAUUCUCAAAGGAGGUGAUACCCCCUCUGCCUCACCCGGAGCCCUGACCUUGGAGGUCAGAAGAGAGUAUCGGAUUCCCUGGAACUAGAUUCACAACCAUACAUGACUUCAUUUGCCAGGAGAUCCAACACCCUCUCAGGGCACUCACAUGGUGCAUGUACCUACAUGCAGACGAGACAUUCAGACACAUGAAACAAAUCUUUAAAAAGAAUUUAAAAGGGGCAGGGCGCUAAGAUAGUGCUGGACCAAAGGCAUCCAAUUUUCUGUUCAGAAGACUUGAGGGAGGGACAGAAGUAACCCUGGGGAAAAGCCCUUGUCAAGGGCUGGGCUGCCCUGUUCUCCAUGGCCCCUUCUUGGUGGGGGUGGUCUUAGGUAGGGUGUUUUGGAAUCAGUGCAUCCGAGUGUAAAUAUAAAGCUUUAAAUGUGUAUAAACGUGCAUAAACCCACAGCUUGUCUUACAAAAUAUGAAUGUGGAAUGGACUUUGAAAUGAAGACAUAUAAAA